AUGACUAAAGUUGUUGAAAAGCCAUUUUAUGAAGUGAAUAUUGAUUGCGGAUAUGGAACAAAUAAGGUUCAAUAUUCAACAUUUAAAGAAUUCUAUUCUUCAAACGUCGCGGUUAAAGACAACAAAAUAAUUAAAGAAAAGACUCUAAUAUCCGAAUCAUUUAAAGUUAGUGAUGAAUUGGUUGCAUUUAAAAUGGAUAAUAAUAUUGGUGAAGGACAAGUCAAUUACGACUCCAUUUUCAAUGAAUAUCACGGGGAUUUUCCUGCAAGAUUAGGAACCUCCAAAAAAAAUCAAAAAAUUAGCACUCAGCAUACAAAUAAACAAGAAAAUGCCCUUAUUAAACGUGACAUAGACUCACAGUUUUAUGAUUCAUUAUCUGACGAUGAUAAAAUUUUAAUUCAUCAAGAACUCGAAGACACUAAGGAAGACCAAAUUGAAGAUGAAAAUAUUAGUUAUCUGGAACACAAAAAAAUAGUUCAGUAUGUUGAAGAACACAAUAGAAACUUUUUGGCAAAAGCUAUGGAAGUGGAUGGCAUCUCAGACAUGAACCGUGCCGGCAAGUUUUCGAGAUCUAAUUAUAGUAAAUAUUUUUCUACAUACGGCGCAUUUUCGAACACAGGAAAUUGUUUUAAUGUGAUGUUGGAACAUAUUGCUGAAAUAUUACAGUUACCUAUGGUACAUCAACAAACGAAGUUUGGAAGAAGAACAUUAUGGCAAUUAGAUCAAUAUACCAAAAAUAUGAUUAUUGAAAAAAAUACCAUUUCUGGGUAUGUCUUCGACAAAAUUUAUUUGCGAUUCCAUCCUCACAACAAUACCUGGAUAGGUAAUCAUGUUGCAUUAGAACCAUUUGAGGAUGGUUUCGGCAAAUGUAUUGCAAUACCGUUUGAUUUGUUUUUCAAUUCACAUGUACAUCCUGAAUUUCAAAUGCUUGAAUGGAACACUAGUCGUCGGCAUGGUAGUCGAAAAGUUAUCCGUGAUUGUGAAGAAUUCGAACUUACCAGGAAACGAAAACCUAGCUUUGACGCCAGUCAGCUUUUUGAAUCAUUAGAUCCUUUGGUUUUUAAUGAUUUUGAUGCUCACGCGUAUUAUGAUUCUAUUAAAUAUUUAUACUGGGCGAGAACCCAAGAACAAUUUGACAAGGAGCUUAGAUUAUUUAAAAUAGCUAAAAGUCAAAAGGCUGGAUGUUCGAAUUAUAGUUCAGUUGGACACAGUUGGUGUAUACCUAACUUGAUGCAAGGUCUAUCGGAUAAAUAUGAAGUUGAACUGGAAAUCGAUCAAUUAAUUGGUCGUAGCUUAGAUUGUUAUGAUGAUUUCUUAAAAUCUUUGAAUCAAGUCUUACCAUUAGAAGAUAACACGCAAAUCUAUUAUAA